CCAACGGCCAGGAUUGGACAGAAGGAAUCGGAAUAAAGUACCUGAGAUUCGUAUGGCUCCACGCAAGCAGUAGAUUGCUUCGAGGCUCGUCGGCGGAGAACCCUAAAUACCGAUACUCUCCAACGACUACACACUCUUAACUAUUUAUACUCCUUCGUAAUUCGCCAUUUCUCUCAUCCAGAUCCAGAUCUGCUUUUGAUACAGGGUCCGACAUGGCAGCCACGUCAGCAAGUGCGUUCUCAAUCGGAUCAACUAUAUCCCAUGGCUCGAAAGCUAGCCCGCUUUCACAGUCGAAGACAUGUGGCAUGAAUAUCAGUUUCAACUCUCAAAACAAUAUCAAGAGUUUCACAGGCCUCAAGUCGUCCUUCUUGGCCAAGGAAAGCACUGCAGCUCUUCGAUACUCGUUUUCUCAAAAGUCCCAAAAUAACCCUCGCACGUCCUCGAGCGCCCUUCAAAUUAUGGCAUCUUUCAAAGUCGCGAUUCUUGGAGCCGCUGGCGGCAUCGGUCAACCACUAGCUCUUUUGGUCAAAAUGUCACCGUUGGUUUCCGACCUCCACCUUUAUGAUAUUGCAAAUGUUAAGGGUGUAGCCGCUGAUCUCAGUCACUGCAACACACCCUCAAAAGUUCGGGAUUUCACUGGGAGUGAUGAACUUGCUAGCUGUUUAAAAGACGUGGACGUCGUUGUCAUUCCUGCUGGUGUUCCAAGGAAACCCGGUAUGACCCGUGAUGACCUUUUCAACAUAAACGCGGGAAUUGUGAGGACACUGAUUGAAGCUGUGGCUGAUAACUGUCCUGAUGCUUUUAUUCAUAUUAUCAGCAACCCGGUUAACUCAACCGUCCCGAUUGCUGCUGAGGUGUUGAAACAAAAGGGUGUCUAUAAUCCUAAGAAACUCUUUGGUGUCACCACUCUCGAUGUCGUGAGAGCAAACACGUUUGUUGCGGAGAAGAAGAAUUUAAAGCUUAUUGACGUUGACGUCCCGGUGGUUGGUGGGCAUGCCGGAAUUACCAUUUUACCCCUACUUUCGAAAACGAAACCGUCGGUUACAUUCAGUGAUCAAGAAGUGAAUGAUCUGACUGCCAGGAUUCAAAACGGUGGGACUGAGGUGGUUGAGGCGAAAGCCGGUGCGGGGUCCGCUACAUUGUCAAUGGCGUAUGCGGCUGCGAGGUUUCUAGAAUCUUCUCUCCGGGCACUUGAUGGAGAUAGUGAUGUUUACGAGUGUUCGUUUGUUCAGUCAGAAGUUACUGAACUCCCGUUUUUUGCAUCGAGGGUUAAGCUUGGGAAACAAGGAGUCGAAGCGAUUAUCUCUUCUGAUCUUGAAGGGUUGACUGAAUUUGAAGUCAAAGGUUUGGAAGCAUUGAAGGUGGAGUUGAAGGGAAGCAUAGAGAAGGGUGUGGCGUUUGCGCAGAAGGAAAAGGUGACUGCUUGAAGGGUGAUGUUAGGUUUAAAACGCGUUAAUAACAUUCCGCAUGAUUUGUCUUCAGAUGCUCAUUUUUGUAGAAUUUGAGAUGUUUUGUUGUUGAUGAUUUGAAGAAAUAUGUUUCUUUUUUUUUUUUUUUUUUGUUUUUAUGACAUAUCUAUCCAUUUUGGUGCUAAACGGGUCAACACAGCUCGGGUUUGACUUGUUA